AUGAACUUUCCUGGGAAGCUAAAAACGUGUUUUAUUUCUAUCUUCGUGGUGGCUGUUGUCACUGCAUUCAUUUUGAUGUAUGCAUGCUACAACAAAGGUUGUCGUCAAAGUGUUUCUGCGAUGUCGUUCGUGACAUCCUUAAGGACAAAAAGCAAUGCCAGAGGGGCUUCCAAAACGUCGACAAACGUCGUAAAAGCGUACCCUUUCGACAUUGAAGGAAACGAUGUAAUAGUCUUUCUACAUAUACAAAAGACAGGAGGCACGAAAUUCGGAAAGCAUUUGGUGAAAAACUUGGACAUCAAAAGCCCGUGUGAAUGUAUUCCUAAGAGGAAAAAGUGCACUUGUAAGAGACCGAACUCAAAAAAUAUUUGGCUGUUUUCACGAUAUUCUUUGGGGUGGCCGUGUGGAUUACAUGCCGAUUGGACCGAACUACAAGCUUGCGUUCCACGAUAUAUGAACAGUCACGAAGGAAAGAAACCAAUGCGAAAAUAUCUUUACUUAACAAUCUUACGCGAGCCCGUAUCGCGAUUCGUCAGUGAAUUUCAUUGUUACCAACGCGGUGCAACUUGGAAAAACUCGUUACAUACGUGUAAUGGAAGGGUUCCAUCGAAGAAAGAGUUGCCUCCUUGCUACAAAGGAGAGAACUGGACUGAUGUAACGCUGCCUGAAUUUUUAGGCUGUUUUUCAAAUCUUGCCUUCAAUCGGCAAACGCGAAUGCUCGCCGAUUUGAAACUUGUAGGUUGUUACGAUACUACGGCGAUGCCACGCGAUCAGAGAGAGAAAAUUUUACUUGACAGUGCUAAGAAAAACCUCGAAAGCAUGGCUUAUUUCGCCCUCGUCGAACACCAAACUGAAAGUCAAUAUUUAUUUGAAAAAACUUUCGGAAUGAAAUUCCGUCACUCAUUCGUACAAUUGAGCGUCGAAGAGACUCGUGCCGGUGCUAUCACAGUUGACAAACAAAACCUCACUCGAAUUCAAGAACUUAACUCAUUGGAUAUCAAACUGUACUCCUUUGCGAAAAACCUCUUUUUUGAGAGACUGGAGUAUUUUAAAUCGAAAGGCAGCAGCCAGAUCGAAGAUUCAUAUGAUUGA